UAGUCCGACAGUCUCUCUCUCCCUUCCCUCCUCCACGCUCUCUCUCUCUCUCUCUCUCUCUCUUCUCUCUGGUCCUUUAAGCCUGCUGCAUCACAGGAGCUAUCCAGUGCUGAACCAGAAGAUUGUUUAUCUUUUUGAAAGCUGGGGGAGCCAUAGAGUAACACACAGCGUUGCCGUCAGCCUUGUUCUCCACUGGUUUCCAUUUUCUUUCCUUCUCUUAUGUUUUUUAGAGGUUGUCUUUUCAUUUAACACAAGGAUUACUACUACCGUCAGCAGGCUCCAGCUCUGCCUGUUUGCUGCUUUCUUUGGGGGUCCUCUCUUUUCUUCUCAUGCGUGAUUCUCGGGUCUGUGUGUUUUUUAUUCUUUGAAACAUGCCCCGUUCGUUUUUGGUGAAGAAAAUCAAGCUUGAUGAUUUCUCUUCAUCCAAUGCUGCCUCUAAUCACCAUCACCACCUGGACGACUCGUUCACUCCUUUCUCACGCUCCAUCACUGACUCUGUGACCAACUUGGGGGUUCGCCUCAGUGAGAAUGGCUACAUCCAGGAUUACAUCACACCAUCGGUAUACCAGGGGGAGAAGAAGAUGGAGCUCAAGCUGGCCUCGCCCGUCUCUGACCCCCUUUACACCCAGGUGAGCAGCGGGGGCGAGGAGUACUGUGACCCUGACCUGGAGCACCCUGACAGCCCCCAGUCCGGCAUGACGGCCAGCGGCUUCUACAGCGGCGAGGCGGAGGCCCCGACCGAGGGUUACACCAUGGAUGCCUUCUUCAUCUCCGAUGGGCGCUCGCGGCGGAAGGGAGACGGCGACGGCCGUAAGGGAGGUAGUUCUGCCACGUCCAAUGCCGAUGCCACGGAGGAGAGGGAGGCCGGGGCCGCCGGCACGGCCCGCCACUCCUGCAACGAGUGUGGCAAGACGUACGCAACUUCAUCCAACCUCAGCAGGCACAAGCAGACGCACCGUAGCCUGGAUAGCAAGAUGGCGCGCAAGUGUCCCACCUGCGACAAAGUGUAUGUGUCCAUGCCGGCGCUGGCCAUGCACAUCCUCACCCAUGACCUCAAGCACAAGUGCGAUGUGUGCAGCAAGGCCUUCAGCCGGCCCUGGCUCCUGCAGGGCCACAUGCGCUCGCACACUGGGGAGAAACCGUUCGCCUGCGCCCACUGCGGCAAAGCCUUUGCUGACCGCUCAAACCUCCGCGCCCACAUGCAAACCCACUCUGCCUUCAAGCACUACCGCUGCAAGCGCUGCAAUAAGACCUUCGCUCUGAAAUCCUACCUGAACAAGCACUAUGAGUCAGCCUGCUUCAAGGGAUCUGGGGAUGAAGAUGAGGACGAGUCCUGCUCUGAGAACUAGCUGGCGGAACCAGAAGGACGGAAGCAGAUUUUGGAACCCUAGGUUCUACAACCAAUAACCCCCUUCACUCUGCCCUACAUCCCUUUUUUCUUCCCUUUUAUAGAAAGCAAUAUUUUCACUGAGAUUACGUGAAGAAACUGUUCUGAUUAUGGCAAAGACAAUUUCAAAAUAUGCUGGAUCCCCCCCCCCCCCCCCCUGCACAGUAGCUAAUCGUCCACAGAUACAUACAAUCAAAACACCCAUCCCCCACAUAAAGACUUGUUUUUAGCUCACACACACAAACACAAGCGUACGCACACACAAACACACACCCACAUACGUACACACACACAAUUAUAUAUGAGGCCUGGCAUGUGAAUUUUUAUCAAUGACUAUAAUGAUAUUGAUAUCAAUAGUAAUAAUAUUUAGAUUCCUGAUAUUUUAUAGAAAAUACUACAGGAAAAAAAAGAAACAACAUAAAAAAAGGACAGUAACAGUGUUCUUUUGUUUUUUAGAGACAAAAAUGACCUCUUGUAUUUUUAUGCUGCUUUUUAUUUGCUAAGAAUUGAAUUCUUUUGCAACUGCCAACAUGAACUUUUUAUGAAAAUGUGAAUUAUGACAGUAUUUUCAAAAAAUGGGAGAUCAUUUAAAAGUUAAAAACAUACCCUUUUUGUCACACAUAUGUUUUUAAUUCAAUAGGUGUUAUUUUUCUAUUGUCCGACUGAAUUUGUUGUUUAUUUUUUGUGCCAAUUAUUCCUUGAUUUUUUAAAAGCAAAGCAUCUUUGUAACUGUGGGUAUUCCAAAAGCUUCCAGACAAACCUAUUGAACAAAACCUAAAGGCAAACUACAUCAGCUGAGAACAAUUAGGAUCAUGAACCAGGGGUCAUUGUCAGUUCCAUCAGAGCAGUUGUUCUGAGUUGUUAUGGGAAACCUGUUGAACAGGUUGUGUUAUCACAAGAUUCCGGCGGCAAUCAGAAUAUACGCUCUUCAUCAUACUGGUAACUAGAACAAAAAUCACACUGGGAGCCAAACCAAAUCUACCGAUCUGUUGUUAUAAGUGCCAUGUGCAUUGUGCAGUGACCUGUCUAUAGCAAUGAAAACCAUCCCUGUUCUUCCUCCACCGCAGUGGCUUGCAUGAACUUUGCCACUCUGUGGUGUUUCCCUCAGUCUUACGUAAUAAGCAAUGUUCAUUAUACACUCUCUGACGUGCCCCCCUCUUUUUCUAUUACCUCAAUAAGGAAAAGGUAUGAUCUCAUGACAUGCACCCUCAGUUACAAACGAUUCGUUUUUUGUAUUUAUAUGUUGCUGAAAGCUCUUUCUACCAUUAGAUGUAAAUCGUCCUACUACCUUGUACAUAAUGUAUUUCUCUAUUUAUGUAACUAUUUAUUUAUCUGUCAAUGUAUCUAUGUAUUUUAUUUAUUCAUUUACAUGAUUGUUAAUUUAUUCAUCUAUUUAUUUAUGCCAUUACAAUAUUUGUCUAUUCACGUGUUGAAACCGGACUUUCCAUUGACCUUGUAAAGAUGCUGCUGAUCUUUAAAGAAAAAUGUUUAUAUGCAUGAAACUGUAGAGAGUCCAUUGGACUUUGUUUUUUUAAAGAGGAACAAUGUCUCGUAUCAGCGGUAACUUCAAACACAUGAUGAAUGCAGAUUAUAUUUGUUUCACGGCAAUAAUAACUUCACUGGUACGGCAAUUGACAUGUAUAUUAAUAAUAAUCGAAGCUGUCCUGUUUGCAGUCAAUUUAGGGCAAUAAAAUGAAACAGAUGAACAAGGAAUGUUAAGAUAUCCUGCCUCCCUCUGUGUAUUGGCCGAAGAUUGACCCUUAAUCAUGUCAUACAAAACUGUAGCAAACGUUACUAUUGUGUUUUAUUAAGACAUCCCAUGAAAUGUAACAUUUUCCACAUAUAUAACAUCAAAGACUUCCUUAUUCAACCCUCUGAAUAGGAUAGGGGGAAUCAGGUUAUUCUGAGACUCGUUCUAUACUACCAGCUGGCUUGUCUUCCACCGCUCACAGAGCUGUAUUCCAGAAUCCUGACAGGUUGAGUUAGUUGGAAGGAGGACUGAGGAGCCCCAAUUAUCAUGCCAGAGGAGAUAAUGGCAAUGGGAAGGCUUUUUUUCCCAGGUGGAUUAGUCAGGCGAUAAUAAUAGCAAUGCAGUAAUUAUAAAACAGUGUCGACCCCAAGGGGAAGGUCGAGCACCAGCAGGCAAAUGCACUGUCAGCUAUUUGCAUAUUCUACAUGGAUGACACAGUCACAGUAAUGGUGAGUUCUCCUUUAAAAACCUGCAGGGAAUAAACUGAGUCUCUCUCCUAUCGUUUCAUCUUUCCCUCUAUUUCACCACUACCACUCAACUCAUAUAAUGACCCUGACCUCUAUAUUAACCUUUGAUUUUCAUCCUAAAGAUGUAGUUUUGUCUCAUGAUAGGCUUGGUGACCAUACUGUAUGUGUUGUGGAAAAACCACCUGUUUCCACAGCAACUUGUGGAAUAUGUGUUUACAGGUACUUCAUUUGUAGAGUAUUUUGAGUUAAAAAGGAAAUUGUUGUUUUUCUGGUUACUGAAGCUCAAAAUGAUUUUGAAGCUCAUUCUCCUACUUGAUGGGGGGAUCCAUGUUUGUUCUGAGCAAUAUCACAACCAAACUGCACUGUAUUUCCAAUACAGAUCUUGUUUUGGUUGUAAAAUCUAAUUUAUAUUGUUCCAAAAAUGAAUAGAAGCCCUAAAUGCAGAAAAUUAAGUGAUAAUUUGUUUUUUUCAGAGUUUGAGAAAGGAAAACAUUGUUCCUCUUUGACGAUUUUGUAAAUAUAUUUGUAUAUAUAUAUAUAUAUAUAUAUAAAAUAUAUAUAUACAGUACCAGACACACCUACUCAUUCAAGGGUUUUCUUUAUUUUACUAUUUUCUACAUUGUAAAAUAUUGAUGAAGACAUCAAAACUAUGAAAUAACACAUAUGAAAUCAUGUAGUAACCAAAAAAGGGUUAAACAAAUCAAAAUAUAUUUUAUAUUUCAGAUUCUUCAAACCCUUUGCCUUGAUGACAUCUUUGCAUACUCUUGGCAUUCUCUCAACCAGCUUCACCUGGAAUACUUUUCCAACAGUCUUGAAGGAUUUCCCACAGACUUGAAGGAGUUCCCACAGGAGGUCCUUGUCCUGUUGAAAAAUAAAUUAUAGUGGGACUAAGCGCAAACAAGAUGAGAUGGCGUAUUGCUGCAGAAUGCUGUGAUAGUCAUGCUAGUUAGGUAUGCCUUGAAUUCUAAAUAAAUCUCAGACGGUGUCACCAGCCAAGCACCCCCACACCACCACACCUCCUCCUCCAUGCUUCACGGUGGGAACCACACAUGCAGAAAUAAUUCCUUCACCUACUCAGCACAUUUUUGGGUACUACAUGAUUCCAUAUGUGUUAUUUCAUAGUUUUGAUGUCUUCGCUAUUGUUCUACAAUGUAGAAAAUAGUAUAAAUAAAGAAAAACCCUUGAAUGAGUAGGUGGUACUGUAUAUAUAUCCCAGCAAUAAUAAUGACAAUGCAUGUGGACAUUUACUUGUUUGCUCUCUUUGUUUAUGUUGUCUUUUGUAAAGAAGACAAAUACAGGUAUCAACUGCAGUGUGGGUGGGAAUGUGAAUCUGGGAAAGUCUUAAUUAAAAUCCAUCAUAGCUGCAACAAGCUC